AUGCCUUCGAGCAAGCUUCGCGAAGCUACUGGGGCUAGCGCACGGGGUAGCACUUCAACCAGACGCUCCCACAAUGUCUUCACUGAAAAUCCCAUCAUCACGGGACCGCGGUCUAGCCGGCCCAAGAAGAGGCUCGUAGAGGUUAGCACAAGCGAGGGGGAUGACUUAGAAGACCAAGAGGAGGAUGAAGUCGACGAGGAUGCACCUGGUGAGGAGGACGUCGAUGCGGAUGGCGAUUUGGAAUUGGACGAUGCGCCGCCCCGACCACCAACUUCAAAAAGACAUGCCAAGGGUGCUGCCACAUCAACAGGAAAGGCUGUGAAGAGCGUGGAGGAGAAGGAGAUGGAAUUGGAGGAGGAAGACGACGAAGAUGAUGAGGAGCUAUCGGAGCUGGAUACGGAUGCCGAGGGUGAGCCUGAUGACCAGGACGAGAGUGGGCUUGGCAAUGGAAAUGGAGGAGACGAGGACCUGGAUGAAGAGGAUGAAGAAGACGAGGAGGACGAUGAUAGUGAAGAAGUCACACCCGGAGGCGACCUUAGCCGGUUAACCAAGCGGCAGAGAGGAACCCUGGGCAAUGACUUUUUGCAGCUUCCCAUGGAACCUCAAGUGAAGAAGCACCUAACGGCAGAAGAACGUGCUAUGCGUCGUGCUGAAAUGGCUCGAAGAAGAAAGAAUCUCAGCGAGAAGCGGAACGAGGAAGAAAAGAUGGACACGAUCAAUAGGUUGUUACGCAAGCAGGCUCCAAAACGGCGUGGUCGAAUCCCAGUUGCUGAAGCGGAAGCCAACGCCGCCGAGGCAGAGGCAGAAGAGGCAGAGAAACCACAGCCAACGAUGGUCAGAUGGGUCAGUGGCCGCGAGGGCAGUCGUAUCGGUGUGCCUGAAGAAUGGCUCGGAACUCCUGCGGGGCGCGUCUUUGGGGAAGCUCCUAACCGGCCAUCGAAGCUUGUGGAGGAGGUUUGA